UAGUCAAGUGCAACUAAACCAAAACCAAUGAUGCUGUGACAUUUUUCCGACAAUAAAGAAACCAAUGACGAAAUUUCUGCCUUACAUUAAAAAAAAAAAAACCUAUGAAAUCAAUAUCAGAAUUACUCUCUCCGUUUUAAAAUAACUCUUAAACAACUGUUAUUUUAGAACGGAGAGAUUAAGAUUAACAAUAACAACGACAAUAAUUAAACGACUGUAGACCAAUUCAAAGUGAGACAGUCGCAGAAAAAACACGUUUUGAAAACAACACCAAGUGAGAUACACACACAGAAAAGAAGGACAAAAAAUAAAGUGAUUCCUUUUCUUAUGAAUUUUGAGUAAUCUGUCAUUUUUAUUCAAUCUUCAGAUACCCAUCAGUUUAAUUGUUUCACAAAGAAUAGGAAAAACAAAUGGGUUGGAUUCCAUGUUAUGGAAGUUCCAACACUAAGAAGAAGAUAAAGAAAUUGGAGGAAGUGAAGGAUAUGCGUGAUGGGAACAAAGCCAACCCAGAAAAAUGUAUUUGGAUGAGUGAACUUCCUAGGUAAAGAUAGAUGACAUUACCAACAUAGGCACAGGUGGUAGAUACUUGGGUCCCUUAACCAUUUGGUCCUGGGUUCGAUCCCGACCGGUGCGUGUGGAGAAGCAUUUGUUGGGAGAGGUCAACCCCUUAAAUGGAUCUCAGUUACCUCGAGGGGAUUAGUUUCUGAAGUUGCGCGCGGAGAUACUUUGGUUUACCAAAAAAAGAUAGAUGACAUUUUGUACAAAGAAAUUGAAGAAGAAUUCAUCUAUCAAUUCCAAAAAUUCAUCUAAAACUGGAGAGUCUGGACACAUUGCUGCACAAACAUUUCCUUUCCGUGAGUUAGCAACCGCUACUAGAAAUUUUAGAGCAGAAUGCCUUUUGGGUGAGGGAGGCUUUGGCAGAGUAUACAAAGGGCAUUUGGAAACUAUUAAUCAGACCGUUGCGAUUAAGCAGCUUGACCGAAACGGGCUACAAGGGAAUAGAGAAUUCCUUGUUGAAGUGUUGAUGCUGAGUCUUCUUCACCACCCUAACCUUGUCAACCUGAUUGGCUAUUGUGCUGAUGGAGAUCAAAGGCUUCUUGUUUAUGAAUAUAUGCCAUUAGGAUCCUUGGAAGACCACUUACAUGAUCUUUCUCCUGGCAAGAAACGACUUGACUGGAGCACGAGAAUGAAAAUAGCUGCUGGGGCUGCAAAGGGGUUAGAGUAUCUACAUGACAAAGCUAACCCUCCUGUCAUAUACCGAGAUUUAAAGUGCUCCAACAUUUUGCUUGGUAAUGGGUAUCAUCCCAAGUUAUCUGAUUUUGGUUUGGCGAAAGUUGGUCCUGUGGGGGAAAACACUCAUGUAUCAACAAGGGUUAUGGGAACCUAUGGAUAUUGUGCUCCAGAGUAUGCCAUGACAGGUCAACUAACUCUGAAGUCAGAUGUUUAUAGCUUUGGCGUAGUUCUUCUGGAAAUAAUUACAGGAAGGAAAGCGAUUGAUAAUUCAAAAUGUGCAGCAGAGCGGAAUCUUGUUGCAUGGGCUAGACCAUUGUUUAAAGAUCGAAGAAAAUUCACACAAAUGGUUGAUCCAAUGCUCCAAGGUCAAUAUCCUUCAAGAGGGCUAUACCAAGCCCUUGCUGUUGCAGCAAUGUGUGUUCAGGAGCAGGCAAAUAUGCGUCCAGUUAUAGCUGAUGUUGUGACAGCUUUGAGUUACCUUGCUUCACAAAAAUAUCAGCCCAAUACGCAGACUGUACAAAGCUCUCACCUCGCUCCUGGUACUCCUCCUACAACCAGGAUGGGAGUUUGAUAGUCAGAUGCAAAUUUCAUAUCUCGUACAACACACUCCAAGAUAUAUAGGCUUAUAGAUGUUAAUACUAAAUGUUUAUUAUGGUAUUAUUCUCAGUUCAUAGCAUAGUUUAAAUAUCUUGUGAAAUUUUGUUUCUUAUCCCGCAGAUCCUUUUUUUUUUUUUUUGCUUUCACCACCAGUUUAAUCUGGUUUGGGGGUCAAUUUUGACAUCAAGUGGUUUUAGUCCCUCCCGAUCGGUUGAGAUAGCAUUUCCUCACUUCCAUAAAUUUCUACCAAGCGUUAAUUAGUGCAUUGAUUGAUCGUCUUCCAUGUAUCUAGGCAAUUGUUCUUUGUCCUAUUGCUAUGUAGUAGUUAUGAAGUUUUAGCUUUUUCAAUCACACAAGAAA